CGGGGCCUGCCACGCGGCCGCGUUAUAACCGCGCUACCCCAGCGCGCGCGCUUUCCUCCCGGCGCGGGCACCGGCAGGGGUUAUGGCUGCAACUUCCCUUAUGUCCGCGUUGGCCGCUCGGCUGUUCCGCCCCGCGCAGAGCUGUUGUCUUCGCCAUCGCCCCUUCCACCUCGCGGCAGUUCGAAACGAAGCUGUUGUCAUUUCUGGAAGGAAACUGGCCCAGCAGAUCAAGCAGGAAGUGCGGCAGGAGGUGGAAGAGUGGGUGGCCUCUGGCAAUAAACGACCCUACCUAAGCGUGAUUCUGGUGGGAGAGAAUCCUGCAAGUCACUCCUAUGUCCUCAACAAAACCAGAGCCGCUGCAGAUGUGGGAAUCAACAGUGAGACAAUUGUGAAACCAGCUUCAAUUUCAGAGGCAGAAUUGUUGAAUUUAAUCAAUAAAUUGAAUAAUGAUGAUAAUGUGGAUGGCCUCCUUGUUCAGCUGCCUCUUCCAGAGCACAUUGAUGAGAGAAAGAUCUGCAAUGCUGUUUCUCCAGACAAGGAUGUUGAUGGCUUUCAUGUAAUUAAUGUAGGGCGAAUGUGUCUGGACCAGUAUUCCAUGUUACCAGCUACCCCUUGGGGUGUGUGGGAAAUAAUUAAGCGAACUGGUAUUCCAACCCUAGGGAAGAAUGUGGUUGUGGCUGGAAGGUCUAAAAAUGUUGGAAUGCCCAUUGCAAUGUUACUACACACCGAUGGGGCACAUGAACGUCCUGGAGGCGAUGCCACUGUUACAAUAUGUCACCGAUACACUCCCAAAGAGCAGUUGAAGAAACAUACAAUUCUUGCAGAUAUUGUAGUAUCUGCUGCAGGCAUUCCAAAUCUGAUCACAGCAGAUAUGAUCAAGGCGGGAGCAACAGUGAUUGAUGUGGGAAUAAAUAGAGUUCAAGAUCCCAUAACUGCUAAACCCAAGUUGGUUGGAGAUGUGGAUUUUGAAGGAGUCAGAAAAAAAGCCGGGUACAUCACUCCAGUUCCUGGGGGUGUUGGUCCCAUGACAGUGGCAAUGCUAAUGAAGAACACCAUUAUUGCUGCAAAAAAAUUGCUGAGGCUCGAAGAGCGGGAAGUGCUGAAGUCUAAAGAGCUUGGAGUAGCCACUAAUUAACUGUUGUGUCUUCUUUGUCAUGAAGAGCAUUCCAAGCCAGCUCAAGAAGCAAAGCAGGCCACUAGAAAUGCAAUAUUUUUUAUUUAUUCUAAUGAAAUGGUUUAAAAUGAUGCUUUGUAUUUAUUGAAAGCUUAAAUGGGUGGGUAUUUGUGCACAUGGCUCUGCAGUACCUCACCAAGGAGCAUUCCAGUAUCAUGCUGGGUCAUGUGAUGUAGCCAAGAGCAGCCAUUAACCUAGGGACUAACACGGGAGACAUCAUGACAUUGAGAAUGGAUGCUUCACUUUGUCAAGCCACCUCUGUUAAAAAUUUGCCUUUUCUAGGAUUGCAUUUCCCAAGUGCUAUUCCAAUAAGAGUUGAUACUCAUUUUAGGUUCUAAACCUUCUGAGGUCAACUGGUCAAACCAAAGGAAAAAUGUUGCU